GGAGGAUAAAUACCACAGGGCUCCUGAGUGAGAGAGCUCCAUAUGCAUUUGAGGACUAAAUGAGGGAUUUGCAUUAUAGCAGACUUGGAUGUACAGUAAGGGUAAGAGAGGGACAUGCCCCCUGCCUGUGAGAAGAUUAAAAUUCAGUGUGAUCUAAUAUAAGCUGAUUUGAAAAGAAAUACAGAAGCUAAACACAUACAAGUUAUAUGUACAUGAUCAGGAUGAGGUACUGAGUAACAUAACUUUUUUUUUCUGUGAUAUGAUAGGUACACUUUAACCAAGGUUCAUUAUUUUUCUUCUGUUCUUUCUUUCUUAUGUGUCUUCUUUUCUUUUUCUUCCUCCCUGCCUUCUAAAAUGACUUUUUUCAUAUAACUUUUUUCAUAUAAUGUUUUUUAUUUUUAUUUUGCCUGGUAAAAUGUUAGAUAUCACAAUGAAAACCAGACAAGCCCCACUAAACACUAUAAAAUCAUGCAGCGGCCUUACUGGCUUUCUUUGUUAAUCCUCCUUUAUUACAUCACACAUGUGACAUCAUCAAGUGUUUGGAGCUAUCUCUACCAGCCACUAGUACAGUAUCAGAGGGAGAGCACACAAAGAGCAGAAGAUGAGGAAGGGGACAAGAUUACACAGGAGAGGGGACUGAUGCCCGGUGAGAAGUUGAACGUGACACAGCUGCAAGAAAGGAACCGCAAGACAGGUGACUGAUGCCCGGUGAGAGGUUGAACGUGACACAUACCCCUGUCAGCUGCAAGAAAGGAACCGCGAGACAGGUGACUGAUGCCCGGUGAGAGGUUGAACGUGACACAUACCCCCGUCAGCUGCAAGAAAGGAACCGCGAGACAGGUGACUGAUGCCCGGUGAGAGGUUGAACGUGACACAUACCCCCGUCAGCUGCAAGAAAGGAACCACGAGACAGGUGACUGAUGCCCGGUGAGAGGUUGAACGUGACACAUACCCCCGUCAGCUGCAAGAAAGGAACCACGAGACAGGUGACUGAUGCCCGGUGAGAGGUUGAACGUGACACAUACCCCCGUCAGCUGCAAGAAAGGAACCACGAGACAGGUGACUGAUGCCCGGUGAGAAGUUGAACGUGACACAUACCCCCGUCAGCUGCAAGAAAGGAACCGUGAGACAGUCCAGUCCUCUACGUGCAGUCCAGUCCUCUACGUGCAGUCCAGUCCUCUACCUGCAGUCCAGUCCUCUACCUGCAGUCCAGUCCUCUACGUCCACUUCAACAGUUCAGUACCACAACACACAGGGGUAGUGUUCAUAGCCAGAGAAUAUGCCUCCAAUAAAUAAAAAAAAAAUAAUUUCUCUUAAAACAAAGAAGGAAAUCAUCCAAAAAUAUGAGAGUGGUAUAAAGAUAAGCCAGUUAGUUCAAGAGUAUGGUUUCUCACAAUCAACAGUUUCUACAAUUGUUAAGAGCCGAGAAGUGAUUAACAGCAUUAAAAUCACGGAUCAGUCAACCAUAGUGUGCAAGGGCAGAGAUCUUAUUGUUGAGAUGGAGAGGCUGUUGUAUUUGUGAAUUAAGGAAAAGCAAAUGAGAGGGGACACUGUUCCUGGACACUUUAUCUGUGAACGUGCAAAAUGCAUUUUUGAAGAGCUGAAAGCAAAGGCAGAAUCAAGCGGUGAUUCUGCUUCUACAAAUCGGUAUGAAACAUUUAGAGCCAGCAAAGGUUGGUUUGAACGUUUCAAGCAAAGGUGUGAGGUGAAGAGUGUCAUACGACAUGGAGAAGCAGCUAGUGCAAAUCACGAAGCAGCUGAUUCUUUUAAGAUGGAAUUUCAGCGUCUCAUGGAGGAUGAAGGCUACCUUCCACAACAAGUUUUCAAUUGUGAUGAAACAGGUCUGUUCUGGAAGAAAAUGCCAAAGCGAACAUUUAUCACCAGAGAAGAAGCCAGCAUUCCUGGACAUAAGCCUAUGAAAGAUCAACUAACCCUUUUGGUGGGUGCAAAUGCAUCAGGAGAUUUUAAGUUGAAACCAAUGUUGGUUUAUCAUUCAGACACACCUAGAGUCUUCAAACAGAAGAAAAUCAUCAAGGCCAAUCUAGGAGUGUUUUGGCGCUGUAACAAAAAUGCCUGGGUGACCAGACAUGUUUUUAAUGAAUGGGCAAUAGAAGUUUUUUGUCCUUCAGUUAAGGCAUACCUGGAGAGAAACAGACUGCCUCUAAAAGCAAUGCUGCUGUUAGAUAAUGCUCCUGGCCAUGACCCAGCACUGGCAGAAUCAUUAGAGGCUCAGUUUAGCUUUAUUACUGUAAAAUUUCUUCCUCCAAACACCACACCUCUUCUUCAACCCAUGGACCAACAGGUCAUCUCAAAUUUUAAGAAGUUAUACACCAAGAAGAUGUUUACAAAAUGCUUUGAAGCUACUGAAGCAGACAAAAAUCUGACACUCAAAGAAUUUUGGAAAACACAAUUCACCAUCUUUGACUGUGUUAGGCUCAUUGUGAGUGCUUGGAAUGACGUUUCCAUUCGUGUGUUUAAUUCUGCUCGGAAACCUUUGUGGCCUUCUGUUGUGCAGGAGGCAGAUGUUUCUUUUGCACAAGAAGAUUCCAUUGAGACGGAAAUUGUCACUCUGGGGCAGGCUAUGGGUCUGGAAGUGGAUGAAGAUGAUGUGGAGGAAAUGAUCCAAGAUCAUGAGGUGGAACUGACAACAGAAGAGCUAAUUGAACUUGAAAAAUCAACAGAGCAUGACAGUGGAGAAGAGGAACAUUGUGAGGAUGACCAUGUUGUCACAGUUCAAGAACUAAAGGAUCUGUUUUCUUCCUGGGAAGCUGUGAAGAGUGUUGUCCGCAAACACCCAGACAUUGCUCUUACUGAGCUUAAAACCUGUGACUAUGAGGAUAAAGUGCUGAGCUACUUUAAAAACCUGAAGAAAAAAUGGCAGAGACAAACCACAUUGGACUCCUUUUUCAAAAGGCCACGGAAGGAUCCUGACUCUGCUUCUAACAGCACCAGAAGGAGUGGAACCAACCCUGAUGAUGCUUCCAUCCUUCCAGAUGUGACUAUCCAGCUUCUAUAAAAACACCAGGACAGGAACAGACUCUUCCAUCCUUCCAGAAGUUGACCAGUUUGCAGUUUACCAGUUUACAGUUUACCCGUUCCCAGUUGCCUCCUUCUGUAAAGGACCGGAACCAUGCCUGAUGAUGCUUCCAUCCUUCCAGAUGUGACUAUCCAGCUUCUUUAAAAAUAGCACCUGAAGGACAAGAAGUUGCACCAGUUUCCAGUUGCCUCCUACAAAGCACCGGAACCAACCCUGAUGAUGCUUCCAUCCUUCCAGAUGUGACUAUCCAGCUUCUAAAAAAACAGCACCAGAAGGACAGGAACAGACUCGUCCAUCCUUACAGAAGUUGACCCGUUUACCGGUUUACAGUUGCACCAGUUUACAGUUGUACCAUUUUCAAGUUGUAUCCUUCUAAAAUGUGAUUAAACUGUAAGGACAUGGUUUAUCUGUACUUUGUUUGGUUAUUUUUACUUACUUUGGGUUGAAAUUUCAUGGACUCAGGAACCAAUUACCAGUUUUCCAUAGACAUAUGUACUCAACAUAUGAUGGUCUCGGGGCUCCGAAACCAAUUACCAGUUUUCCAUAGAUAUAUGUACUCAACAUAUGAUAGUUUCAACAUAUGAUGGUCCUCUCGGAACCAAUUACCAUCAUAUGUUGAGGGACCACUGUAUCUUGUACUGCCCCCUUUGGCAAGUAUCACAGCUUGUAAACACUUUUUGUAGCCAGCCAAGAGUCUUUCAAUUCUUGUUUGAGGAAUCUUUGCCCAUUCUUCCUUACAAAAGUUUCCAGUUAUUUGAGAUUUCUGGGCUGUCUGUCACGCACUGCUCUUUUAAGGUCUGUUCAUAUAUUUUCAAUUAUGUUGAGGAGAUUGUGAAGGCCAUGUCAAAACCUUCAGUUUACGCCUCUUGAUGUAAUCCCCCGUAGUUUUCGAGGUGUGUUUAGGGUCAUUAUCCAUUUGUAGAAGCCAUCCUCUCUUUAACUUCAGCUUUUUCACAGAUGGCAUCAAGUUAGCAUCCGAAAUUUGCUGAAAUUUUAUUGAAUCCAUUUUUCCUUCUACUCGUGAGAAUAUACAACCCCAAAGCAUGAUUGAUCCACCCCCAUGCUUAACAGUUGGACAGAGGUUCUUUUCAUUAAAUUCUGUUCCCCUUCUUCUCCAAAUGUACCUUUGCUAAUUCCGUCCAAAAAGUAAAAUUUUAACCUCAUCGGUCCACAGAACUUGUUUCCAAAAUGCAUCUGGCUUGUCUAUAUGUGAAUUUGCAAAGUUCAAAUGCUGAUUUUUGUGGUGAGGGCGUAGAAGAGGUUUUCUUCUGAGGACUCUUCCAUGAAGACCAUAUUUGUACAAGUAUUUCUUUAUAGUGGAAUAGUGUACCACAACUCCAGUGUCUGCAAGAUCUUUCUGGUGGGAUUGUGCAGUCAAAUGUGGGUUUUGAAUUGUUUUUCUUACAAUCCUGGGAGUGGUUCUGUCUGAUAUUUUUGUUGGUCUUCCAGAUCUUGCUUUAACUUCCACUGUUCCUAAUGACUGCCAUUUCUUAUUUACAAUCCAAACAGAGGAUAUUGACAUCUGAAAACGUGUUGCUAUCUUAUUAUAGCAUUCUC